UAUGUGUUAAUCAGAAUAUGCAUAGUGCACAAAUUAUUAUGUAGAUAAGAAUAAUUUGCACAGUGAUCCUUUUCGUGCAUGCUACUUUAUAUAAAAAAUAAAACUUAUAACUGAAUAUGUUUCAAAAUUAGGAGAAGGCUAUGUAAUUAUUUUUUUUAAAUCUUAUUUUAGAGAUCACGUAAGAGCACAUAAACAGACUGAUUUUCCUAAUAAAUACAAGGGCGGAUUAUAACAAAGGGCGGAUUGUGAAAAAUUAUUUCUCUUUCGAUAUUAAAAUUUAAAUGUUAUAAAGUGAUAAAAUAGCUAAGUCAGAUUUAAUGCUUCGUUUAUAAGUAUAGCAUAGAUUAAUAUAUGUGAUUCAGAUCUGUGUUUGUUGAGGGGUCGCAAGAUAUUACAUUUACUAUGUAUGUUAAAAUAUGCGAUAUAAAUGAUUAGAUAAGAAAUGGGAAUUAGUUAAUGGCAAAUAUAUUAUUGUAAAACGUACGUCUUUUUGUUUUUAUUCUAAAUAUAUAUUCUGCAAACGUGUAGUAGUCGUGCGACGAAAGUCCGGUACCUGCAUGUUCCGUUAAACGUUGAUGGCUUACUUUGGUUUUGCAGGAUCAGAAAACAGAUGAUAACAAUACGAUUGAAUCCGAGGGUGUUCAGAAAACUGAGAAUUCAACUGAGCAAUCAGAACAAACGGAGCAAACAGAGGAGACGCAGCCUUCCAGCGAACAGGCACAGUCUUAAGCUUAACAGGCUACUCCUCCUAUUAAAGAAUUAUAUAAUUCAAAUGAUACAACACAAGUAUCUGUUUUCAAACUUCAGAACGAUUUGACCCUUGUGUUUUGAUCUAGCAAAUUUUUUUUAUCCGCAUCAUUGCUCGAGUUCUAUAUGAUUUUGUGUAUAGAUACUGACCUUCAUUUCCUUUUAUUAUUUUUGCAACGUAACAGUCACGUGAUAUUUUUUUUAUAUAUUAUUUACAUCAUAAGUGUACGCUGUUUGAAAAAACGAUAACGUUGAGAAAGUAGCAGCUAAUUGAAAUAACAAUAGUCUUACAAGGGAACAGCUUGAAUCCGAACACUUCGCUUUAGAUGAUUUUGUGGAUAUAUAGAGUGACUCACAAAUACAUGAAAAAUGAAUAUAAUGAUUCAUUUAUAUGAAUGAAUAUAAUUAAUAUAAAUAAUUCAUUUAUAUGAAGCAUACCAUUAUUCAUGUAUUUAAAUCACUAUAUAUACAUAUUCUCAAAAAGUCAUUCAAAUCGAAAAAUUUGGGGUGUUUCUUGUUAGAAUUUUAGGCCAUCUUCGUAAGAAUUAAUGAUUUAUCUCAUCUCUUUUUUUAUAUAUGUAUUGAUAUGUAUUUAGUGCAGACGUAUAAUGUUGAAUAUAGUUCAUUACAUAAAAACUUGUAAUAUGACAGUUAACUAGAUGUAAUAAUUUUUCAUCUGACAUGUAAAAACUGGCCACUUGUGAAUAAAUUUCUCUCAAAGUCCUUCCUUCAUAUCUAGUAUACAUGGCCAGUAUACAGUGCCGCAAGCUAUACUACGUGUAAGAAAUAGUAAUAGAAUUACGAUGUCUAAACCGUGACAUUGAAAUAGAUGAUGAGAAGUCAUAAUGUAUGAAGAUACAUUAUUAAUAUAAAAUGAAUAUUUUAAUGUACAAGAAAGUCUGACAUAGCUUGUGGCUCUGUUAGAUUAGUAAUAACUUUUAUAAAUGAUCAUGCCUAUAUAUAUAUGUAUCAUAUUUAAGAUACUUAAUCAUGUCAUAAGUGAACUUCCAAAAACUAUAGAAUGACACGUAAAAGAAAAUGAAUUUGUAAUUGAAACGCAUAUUGUAAGAAUAAAUCAUAUUUCUAUAAGUUCUAAUUCUCUGGUGUUCCCCAUCAUUCUAUCAUUAUGAAUCACUGAAAUUGGGCGUAUUGAAACAAUCGUUCUGAAAUAUGAAAAUAAUCUUUUGUGAUUUUUGCAAUUCAAUAAUUUAUCAUCAUAUUGAUGAAGUAAUGAUCAAUACAAACUUAUGACAUAUUCAUAAAUCUCAUGCUAAUGUAUGAAACGUAAAUAGAAAUGCGUAUACAGUAUUCACACUUCUAACAUAAAAAGAAAUACAGUUGCGAUUAUAAAGAUUUUUUAAUAAUUUAUAUACUAUUAUAUAAUUUAUAAAAUGUCUCAAAUGAUUAAGCUUUUAAUGCACAAGUUAUGUAUGUCACUACCGUGUGCCUUAUGAAAAAUGAUUAAUUAAUGCUUCGACAAGAUAUGCGCAAAUUUAUAAUUGCUUGAAUAAUCUAAAAAAAAAAAGUAAGCAAUGAAAGGAAGAUCUACGCUUCGCAAACGAAUAUUUAUAUUUUCACAUAGAAUUUCUGAAUACCCCGGCUGAAUAUCCCAUAGCUUCAGAUGUGCAUAAUAAUUGUUUAUCGCUUAACAGGCUCAUCUGUAUCCAGAAGAACAGCCGUACGAUCAGAGAGAUGAAAAUUAUGUCAGUUCUGGUGACGACGACGACGCACCUCAUUAUUGUGAGGUCUGCGAUAGAGAUUUCCCAUCCGCGGCUGAUCUCUCCGAGCAUAGAAGCACACACAAGCUUUGUGGGAUUGACGGCUGCAGGUUUUCAGCGCAUCCCUCGCUUGUUGAAAAACAUAUCAGUAUGCAGCAUCGAACUGGUUUGUACCACAGACUGAAGGAUCUGUCGACGCCGGAAGAUAUCGACACAUGGAUAACGGAGCGGAAAAAGAGGUAUCCUACCGAGAACAACAUAAAGUUGCGCAAGGCGGAAGAGCUGGAAAAAUUACAGCGGGGAGAGAUAAUCAAGCAGAAUUCUAAUGCAAACACGAAAAUAAAAAAACCGAUAAACACGCGUGAGAAAAAACGCAAACCUCGCAAACGACGUGCACGUGAGACUAACAAUAAUGAUGUCCAUAUGAAUGGAACAUACAGAGGUUUAUGCCCGUUUCCUGGACUAACUGUUUUGGAAGAAGAAGAAGAUAGCGUAGUUUGUUCAGCUGAUCAGACAGAUUUGCAUGAAAAAAUUGACAAUAUCUCGGACGAGGAUGAUAUACCGCAAGCAUCUACGGCACCCGAGUCCGCUAAUUUAUCUGUGAUCAGUUCGUCUGUAUUACCUACUUUAGUAGCAGAUUAUGAAAGUGAAGACAAUGAUGAAGGUCCAGAAGAAGUGCCGGUGAAAAAGAUAAAAAUGGAAUACCAAGAUGAUAAGAUAACAGAAGAUACAAUUCAUGAAGAAAAUUCCACGCUAGUUUAUAAAGAGAUUUCUAAUAUGCAAUCUCAUACCAAUGGGGUUGAUAAAUCAAAUAACGGAACUCAAAAUACUGUCGUUAAAUGUCAAGAUAAGCAAAAUCGCGAAACAAAUCGAAUACCAAUCAAUAACAAAAAUGAGAAAAUUUUACAUAAAUAUCAUAAUAAAUUAUUAGAAAAAUUGCUCUCACGUUCCAUACAGCAUGAAAGAAAUUUAAUUUGUCAAUGUGUAAAAUAUAUUAUAGAAAACAAUUUCUUUGACUAGAAUUGCCCAUGUAUUAUGGAACUUUUCCUAUUAUUUUCUCUUUCUAUUGUGUUUUCUAGGGAAAACGGAUUAAUUCCGUCCCGAAAAGUUCCACAAUACGUGCUCUGAAAUAGUAAUGUUUAUGUAAAAGAAUCUGGAGAGAAUUUUAUAUUUAUAGACUAGUCUUUUUUUUUAAGUACAAAUACACAAAAAGAUAUAAAGAAGAAAUCUGUGA